AUGUCGCAGUCCAAUACGGGAGCGGGCUACGAUGAGUUCACCCCGGUCCCGCUCACCGCGGAGGCUCUGGCUCAACUGGCGUCGCAGGAUCACGGUUUGGGCAACGUCGCCAGGAUGAUGGACAACGGGGUAUGGAACACGGACGGCGUACAGGACGACAUCAGGCGGGAAUCGAUCGACCGCGACGUGGACCGCUAUCACCGGACCUUGGACAUGGGCAAGCGGGUGCCGCGCAACUCGCGUCGGUCCGAGGACGCCGAACCCCGUAUUUCGUGCAACUCGAACCUCUCCGGCUUCGACGCGGUGGGGGGCAGCUUCAUCGCGCACCUGGCACCGCGUUACGGCUCCUCAUCCUUCACGAGUAGGGCGACCAGCCUCGCCAUGAACGCCAUCGCUGCGGAGCUCGACUGCACCGAGGUUCGCGCGGUCAGCACCAGAGGAUCGGUCGCGCACGAAACUGCGGGAGUCCAGGCUUUCCACUCCGAUGUCAUAUCCGCCCUUUUCGUCGGUCACCUGGACAACAAGCUGGACCUCGCGAGGAAAUGCGACGUGCCCACGGGAAUCUCGUGCGCGGAGCUGGUCUUCCACCUGUACAACGACUGCGGCGCGGCGUUCCUGGACCAGCUGCAGGGCUUCUUCGCCUUUUGCAUAGUCGACGCGGGAUCGGCGACUGUGUUUGCCGCCGUCGACAGGCACGCGUCCAUCCCUCUGUACAAGGCUCGGUCGAAGGGCGGCGGGGUAUUCAUCGCGCACCCGGGCGGAAGCGGAUCCAGUGCCAUCAAGCUCAGCACCCUCGGCGAGAUGAGCAAGAUCCCGGCGGGGAGCUACGUCCACGGCAACCGGCACAUCAACCCACACAAGUACGCGAGGGAUAAAUUUGCCGAGCGAGCGCUGAUGGAGAUGGACACGCUGGACGAGACCGCCAGCGUGUUGAGCGCCGGACCCUCCCCCUUCGAUAUCAUGGACCAAAACAAAACGGGGCAACCUGCUGGAUUCUCGAGCCUGUUCUCGAGCGGGUCCUUGUUCUCUCAGAGCAUGGACGACCUGCCGUCGAUGGAGGGUGGCUACCCCGAGCGGAGGGAGACGACGUCGCCGCCCAAGGUGAAGGACGUGCUCAGGCGAAGGCACAGCGUGGAGGACCUCACCAAGUUCAGCGAUGGGAUCGGGACGUGGAACGCGCGGUGGAACAUGGACGAGGACGACGACGACAUGAACGUCGUGCAGGUUGACGGGCACGGAUCCGAGUCGAGGAUGGGCGAAUCGUUUCACCGAGCCAGGAAAAACGGUUCCGCGGUGUCCAACGUUUCCGGGUUGGACACCGCGCCCGGAACUCCUUCGAAAGCUGACGUGGGAACGUUCGGCAAGCCCCCCGCGGUUCCCGAUGAGAGGAGAAGACACGUUGCCCACGUGGAGAAGAAAUCGUCCCCCGCGAGGACGAGGGUGCGUAAGAGCAGUUGGUCCAAUGGCUCGGAGGAGGAAGCGCGCGGGAAGGAGAACAUGCGGCGGGUGCACUCCGACGGGGAGCUCAACUCGCUGUCGGGGCGCUCCAAUCCCAAGGCUAUCCCGUCGCGCGCGAAGGACGAUGCAUCGGUCAUCAGCAUGUGCCGGUCUAUGAGCACCGGGCACGUGUCGAGCAGCGACGCGCUCAGCGAGACGGAGUGUUACGUCAGCCUCUCGCUGGGAGCGGGGGCAUGA